AUGAAUUGUGUUCAAGUGAAGACAAAAGAUGACCGUUUGACGCCUUUAGACACCUGCGCCAUUGUCUACGAACCAACGAAAGUCGCUAAUAAAAGCGCACUGUCGGUGUCGUUAGGACACAGUUAUCCUUUCGCGUUCAAGUCGUGUGCAGUACACCAUGUUCAGAGUAUCGCGUUAUUGUUGUUAUCGUUGUGUCUUGGUAAUAUUCUUGGUCAUCGGUUGGAUAAUUACCUAUUCAAGCCCGUACUGGACUUUAUUGGUCCCGAAGUAACGCCUGUCGUAACAAAAACGUCAAACGAUGAGUUUCAGAGCCCUGUUGAGGAUUCAAUAUUUUCGGAGUUACGCGAUAGUGAUAGCGCUCAAAGCGUUCAACGACGCAGUGAAGCUGGUAGAAAAGAUCUGCUGCAACAUCUUUACGCAGCCUACGGUUGUUUGAGUUCGUUUGAAGGUUGGACGAAAUCAAAAGAUAGUAUAGAUUUCGAUGCGCUCUCGAGCAAAGGUUUUGACUGCAAAAGAUCCGAGCCCCCUAAUGACGAUUUACCCAUUCAAACCUUUGACCAGAACCAGUUGCAGUCAUUGUCUGAUGGGCAGAGCAAUGAGCGCACUUUCAGUCCGGAUAAGUCUUUAUUUAGUGGCAACAGGUUUCUUCACUCUCUACCUGUUUCACACGUAUCUGACUUUUACAAAGAUUUACUUAUCGAUACGAAUAAAAAGGACUCUAAGCGUGCCGGUACUGCUCCGGUAAUUGGCUGUGAUUGUAAAGUGAAGAUCGAUCUCUUGGACUUGGGUCAACAGCACUAUCCACGCUAUCUCAUGAACGCCGUUUGUCAAAAUAGCCAAUCGCCUAAUCAGUAUCCACAGAAGUGCUGGCGCGGCUCCUACUGCAAGCCAUUGGAGUACAAAGUUAAAGUACUCACACCACGAACCCGAUUGGAACCGGUACAAAACGACCCGGCGCUGGCAUGGUUACCCGAUGAAUUGCGUCAAGCUUGGAAGUUCAAGACAGUCACUGUGGCGGCGGGUUGUUUUUGUUCAUACUGAUGCUUAUACCGUUC